UGGACUCUUUCUUGCUUCAGCACAUCCUUCCUGAGGAUUGGUGACCAGAACUGGAUGGCAUACUCAAGAUGAGGCCAAACCAGAUUUUUGUAAAGUGGACCAGGGGCGGACUGACAACUCAUGGGGACCCCGGGCAAUAGGGGAUCAUGGGGCCCCUGUGUCCUUGCCCAAACUCAAAAAAAGCCUAUGAAAAAGGUACCAGGGGCAUCUCAUGGGGCCCCCUACUGACGCCGGGCCCUCGGGCAGUGCCCAGUUUCCAGAUGGUCAGUCUGCCCCUG